GCGCGUGUGAGAACUCCCAAAAGGGGCGGGGCUUAGGGAUUUCGCAGCCGGGGGAGGCGGGUUCCUCCGUGUCGGAUCUGGCGUGGAGACCCGUCUCUGCUUGCGCGUGCGCAAUGCGAACCUUUCCCUGUGCUGUUUUCUGCUUUCAGCAUGGAAUUCCGCUCGGCGCGGCGAGCGAUCCUAAGGCUGCUGCGUACGGUGACUCCGGCGGACCUCCCAGCGCUGCUCGAGUGGAUGCGAACUACCCUUUCAGAUCCAGGACUUAAGAAACUGGCAACUUCUACUUUCUGUCUCUUGGCAUGCUUGGCCUGGGAGAAGCUAACCAUCAUGUAUGCAGUCUGACUACCUUGAGAUUAUCAAACUGUCAGGAACUCCCAGCUAUCCUAUGGAGAGCAAGAUGCCCAGCCAUGCUGUAACUGUUCUUGCCAUCCUAGUCCAGGCACUAGACAUGAGAUUUUGAUGAAUUCACUCAAGAUAAUAACGACAUUAUGUUGAAAAACAUAGCAGAGGACCUUCGGAAUUGCUUACCUCUAGAAACCAUGCUUUCCUCAGAACAUGUAGCCCUCCAAAAAAUACAGCAGCAGCCAGAACCCACAGUUCACGUUGAUGCAUUCCUUUAUGAUGAAGACUUUAUUGAUUCAUUAUGUGAGGAAGGAAAAAUGAGCAGAAAUUACUGUAUGGUGUGUGGCUCACACCAGACGGCACCUUUAGGAUUUAUUUCUCAUUCCUUCUCCCUCAUGGAAUUGAAGUUCAUUUAUCAUCAUGUACUCCCUGAUCUGUCGGGAAAGGUCUUGGUUGAUGUUGGCUCCAGGCUUGGCACAGUCCUUUAUGGGGGUUAUCUUUACAGUUCAGCACUGCAACUAUAUGGAGUAGAACUGAAUGGAGAUUUUUGCCAGUUGCAGGAAAUGGUCAUAAAAAAAUACCAGUUCACUGACAGAAUAAAGGUGCUUCAUGCAGACAUCUGUACCCAGGGUUCACUUCUGCAAAAUGCUGAUGUCAUUAUCAUGAAUAAUGUCUUCGAAUAUUUUCUUGAUGAGGCAGAACAGGCCAGAGCCUGGGAAUAUAUCAGUCAAAAUGUAAGAAAACAAGGAUCGUUAUUAGUAACAGUACCAAGUCUUGAAGAUUCUCUCUCAGGCCUUCAGAUUAAUAUACAGUUAUCUUCCUGGGUUGAAGAGGUACCACUGACCUACGAUGUAUAUCCAGAAAAGCAUAUUGACAGAGAAGCUCUUGAACAAAUUCAUUUGUAUAAGAUUCUGUAACAUUAAAAUAGUCCUAUCUCAGUGUAAUGGUUUGUUGAGUAUAUUACAAAUUAAUAAAAAAGAAACAUCACCCCAAUACCCUAACACAUAUUUCUGUAUAUUCCUUUCUAGACUUUGUAUGUAUGUUUACAUAUUUGUAAAUAGUCAUAUGGGCAUAUAUACACAUAUAUAGUUGUGUAUAGACACAUAAUUGUGUCCAUAUACACCUUUGAUUUCUGUGAUAAUUAAAAUACCUGAAUAUU